UUUGUUGAAUUUAAUAUAUGCACGAUUUCAUAAGCAAGCAUUUAUUGUUACAAAUAUAAACGUUUACGUGAAAAUAUCGCACGAUAUUAUGCUAAUUUUAGCUUUUAAUACGUACGACGAAGGUUAUGAUUAACGUAUGUUUUGUGAAGAGACACAUUGUCGUUAAAGAUGCCAGUGAAUAGCAAGCUUGGAAAGGUUAAUUUUAAAGUCUAAAAAGAGGUACAAGUGGAUCAAAACUGUUUCUGUACAUUAUAAUUAAUUUUAAAAAAGCCCUAACAGUCUGUGUAAUUGUUUUAUCGUUGUGAGAUAGAUGUUGGACGUUUUCUUAAUAUUAUACAAGAAAAGAAACUUUAACGCGUGGUUUCCCUGUGAAUGAACUUUCAUCAUGGAAAAAGGAAACGCUUGGAAACAUUUUACAUUAUGGUGCAUAUUGCUGUUCAUUCAAUAUUCCAAUCCGCAGGAAAUAUUUGAUCACACUUUUAUACAAGACCUAGAUAGGUUUAUUCAAAAAACGAUGGUGUGUCGAUACAUUCCCGGAUUGACAAUUUCUGUUGUAAAAGAUUCAAAAACUUGGACAAAGAGUUACGGAACUGCUGACUUUUCGAAUGGACGUAUGGUUGACAACAGCACACAGUUCGUUAUCGGCUCGAUUGGAAAAUCAUUUACAAUGGUUCUUCUAGGUAUUCUGCUGACAGAAAAGGGAUUAAAUUGGAAUACAAAAGUACAUGAUUUACUUGGACCAAAGUACGAAUUUAUUGACAAAUACAGAAGCAAAGAAAUGACAUUAAAAGACAUGCUGUCACAUCGGACGGGAUUAGCUGCACUUCCAAUAGUAUUAGAUGCUGGGUAUCCAGAAAGUGUAACUAGGAAACAGUUGAGUUUGAAAAUGAAGCAUUUGCCUCAACUAUUUUCUUUCCGGGACGGCUUUGUCUACAAUAAUUUUAUGUAUAUGUAUCUCGGUCAUAUAUCAGAUAAAUUAGGCGGAGACACAUGGGAAAAUCUUUUGCAAUCUAAAGUAUUUUUGCCUAUUGGAAUGACAUCCACUCAAGUACUCAAACAACCAGAGGAUCUGUUGAAAGAUAAAGUUGCUAAACCAUAUAUAUUCAGAAAUAAUGAAUUUCAAAAUGGCACACUUAACAUCUACAGCAUUCAUCCUUUGGAGCCUGCGGGUGCAAUUAUAUCAACUUGGGUAGACAUGGCAAAGUAUAUCCGGUUUAAUCUGAAUAAUGGGACAACUGAAGAUGGUAAAACAUUACUUAACCGGGCCCUUCUAAAUGAGGCAUUCACUGCAACUACACCUACAGUAAACAGUCCUUUCUUGAAUAGUAACACUUUAACACGACCUGAAUUUCCAGUCUCGGAUACAAUUAUAGGUUCCGGAUAUGGAUGGCGUUCAGCAGCCUAUCGAGGUUUCCGCAAAAUUUGGCAUGCUGGGGGACUUUUCUCUUAUGUAUCAGAUGUAUGGAUGUUUCCAGAAAUUAAUGCAGGAGUCUUUAUCAGUUCCAAUGGUCCAAUGUUAAAGCACUUGCUAAAUUAUGGUCUCCGUACGAUUAUGUAUUACAUAAGUGACAAACUAAUCGGUGAGGACCCGUGGCUAAACGAAACAACAACAUGUGAAUUUCCACAUCUUUGGCGUAAUAUCACUACAAAUUCAACACCACAAGAACCAUUAGGGAUAAUAGACAAUCCAUCAGAAUAUAUCGGUAUUUACGGGAAUAUCAUUCUGCCUUCUUUAAAUGUGUCAACAAAACCAGGUGACCGAUCUAAAUUAUUGUUUCAAAUGAAUAGGAUUGGAGGAGUUCUUCAUUCAACGCAAGACAAAGACCGGUUCUUGAUGGAAAUAAAAAAUCCACGGGAAUACAUGCUGAAUUCACUAAAUGUUAAUAAUGAUACAGUGAUGAUCAACACAACAUUUCUACGUAAUCAAGGUGGUGAAGUGAGUAGUGUAGAGUUACAGUACGACGUGAAAGUUGUGUACACUAAAGGUAUCACAAUCUUUGACUAUCAAGGUUUAGCUCAAGCUACUACAGCGACAAUUCGAAACCUCAAAUCACUGAUGUCUCGAAAUCCCCAAAAACCUCGAACACAUACACAUUGUUAAAAAUGAGAUGAAUUUAUUAAGUCUAAGAUAUAUUUUAACAAUAUAACAUGGUCAAGGUUUUAAAGAACAUAUCACAGAUCUACUUUUCAGUAAUAAUGAUUGCGUUUGUUUUACUGAGGUUAUAUAAUUUAUUUUAAAAUGUAUUAGGUAAUAUUCGUUAUUAUUACAGGCUUACAAUGGAUACAUUUCCAUUGGUUAAGAUGUUGGAAAUCUAAUGAUAUGAUAUGAUUUACAUUACUUUAACUAACAAAAGUUAUGUCCAUGAUCAAGUUAUUUAUGGUACUGUGUAGAUAUUUUACAUUUAUAUGGUAUAUACAUGUGAGGAAGCUAUCCAGCUAGCUUACGGAACGUCGGUGGUUCUACUCAGGUAUCCGUUCGUGCCUGA